AUCGAAAAACUAUAUUAUCUUUGAUCGCAUCCCGUAUCAUCGUCUCUGAGUCUCGCUGAAGAGUCAACCCUUUCACAUCACUCGCAAUCGUCUUGCCUUUCGUGCAGCCAAGCUCCCUCACCCAAAGCCUCCGUUGACUUGAAGUCUCAUCUGUGCCGGGAGGCGUCUCUGUCCACGGAAACACAGCACAAAGACAAGAUGGCGUCGUCUUAUCUUCCCAUGCCCGAGCCAACCGUGCCCAAGAGGCCACUCUCGUCCUAUAAACUCAUCUCGUACGACAUCUACGGCACGCUCGUGGACUGGGAGACGGCGAUUGUGAGGCUGCUGCAACCGCUAGUCUCGCGCAUCCCCUCAUCCUCGCCCCUCAGCCAGGAAUACCAAGACAGCACGACUGCAGGGUCCGAGGGACGGAUCAAACUCGCCGCGAAGUACAACGACAUCGAGCACGAGUUGGAGGCCAAGAACCCGUCGCAGCGAUACGACGAGCUCCUGCAGGACAUCUACCUCCGCAUCGCGUCCGACUUUGGGGUCGGCGAGGCCACCGAGGUGUCGACGAAGCAGGAGGCCAAGCAGUUCGGCGAGAGCAUCGGCACCUGGCCGCCGUUCCCGGACACGGUCGACGCCUGCCAGCGGCUGGUGAGGCAGCACGGCUUCAAGCUCGUGCCGCUCUCCAACGUCGACCGGGCGAGUUUCGCGCGCACCUGCGCCGGCCCGCUGCAGGGGGUCGACUUCUUCCGCGUCUACACGGCCCAGGACAUUGGGUCGUACAAGCCCGACCUCCGCAACUUCGAGUACCUCAUCAAGCACGCCAAGGAGGACGCCGGCGUGGAGAAGCACGAGAUCUUGCACGUCGCGCAGAGCAUUUUCCACGACCACAUCCCGGCCAAGACGAUGGGGCUGGCCAGCGUGUGGAUUAAUCGGAAGGGCGCGGGGAUGGGCGGCAACGAGGCUAUCAGAGGCAUCCACGAACGAGGAGAGGUCGGGUAUGGUUGGAGGUUUGGGACGUUGGGGGAGUUGGCGGAUGAAGUCGAGAGGGAGAAAAGAGAGCAAGGGAAGUAGGUGCAUAGCAGUGGAAGAGAUUGAGCAGCCUGUUGUGCUUGCUUCUCAAUGCUAUCGGCAAUGCCUCAUCUCGAAUAGUCGCCUCUUUCUGCCGACUAUCCUGCUUUCCUCUAUUUCUGGCCGUCUCUGAUGUUCCAACGUCAUCCGGUGAUUGUUGCCAGGGUGUGAGCGAGGCCGUACCAGAGCGCAUUGCUUAACUGCGUGGUCUUCUGAUCCCAACCCUUGGUGAAGCUCCUAAUCUUCCCUUCCGCCACCGCCUCAAAUAUGGCCGCUGCACUCCACAUGGCGUGUUUUUUGGUUGCCUCGAUCCCCUAGUAUAGGUUUCCCCGUGGCUCCCUUCUGUGAUAUAUCUCAG